AUGUACGCACGGCCAUACGGACCGAGACGGGACUGCAUCUGCCGAUUGAUGCUCGACCCUUCCAACAAAAUUCCUAGAGUCAUGCACGUCCGGUUGCGCGGUCUGGCGAUUCAAACAUGGUGUUACCCUGGCUUUUUCACUAAAAGCGCCAGACAAGGCGACAACUUAGAUCCAUUGGCUCGGCUUCUCAUCACGAGACAGAUGGCACUGUCCGGGUCAUCGCCGCUCAACACGGGAUGUGCAGGUCCCUACUUCGAGUACCGUUCAUUUUGUGAAGAAACUGUUGGGUUGGGUGAAAUUCUCCCAUGUUCCGAGAUGCCCCCGAAGAGUACACAAGACAACAUGGUGCCCGAGGCAAAAGGAAUCAAGUACGACGAAUGCGAGAUGGCGCUCUUCCGUGCCAAGCUAUCGUACCAUGCCACGAUUGAUGAACGGAUGGCCUCACAGAACUCAAACCUGACUUCGAUCGCGGAAGCCCAGGCUCGAAUCCUCAAGGGAUGGGAAAUACAGAUGCAGGGCACAAAGGAUUUGGCUGGGAAGAAUGGGGGUCGCUCUGAAAGUGAUAAGAGAGCAAUGGCACAGUAUGCAUGGAGGUAUACGGCUCUGGAGAAUGCUGCAACCAAGACCACUGGAAAGGGAUAG